CGCCUGAAUUCAGUCGCACCCAAUAUGAGUGACACGGAAGCACGAUCAAGGACGGCGUCGUCCGACUCGAGCCGGCGCCGCCCACGGACGGCAAGCAGUGGCGAUGACAGCGACACGGGAACAAGCACAACAUCCCGCGCAUCUCGUUUCCAAUGGUUCAGGAGGUCAUUAAGCCAGAGGAGCAACUCCUCCGGCGAUCUCAGCGUGACGCAGCAACAAGCCACCGUCAAAGACAAGAUCAAAGGCUUCAGAUCAAGCUUGGAAGCGAUGAUGGACAAGCUCAUGAGGGACUCCUCACACGGCAUUGACUUUCUGGCAAACCUCAAGAAGCCAGCAGCACAGGACGUGGCUGAUCAGCUCAAGCGGUUCAUCACCAAGUUUGAAGCAGAGGGCGACACCAUGACACCGAAGCAGCAGAUCCAGUCUGUCCAGAACUUUUACCAGGUGUUGGACGAGCGGCUGACGACCUCAUCGCUGUUUGCGCACAUGAGCGAUGAGCAACUUGAUGUGAUACAGGCCGGAGCAGAGCGCCACGUCAUGCACCACAUCUACGACAUGGUGUUCAGUCGCGAGCCGGACUACGCUGCCCAGGACAUGGCCCUGCAGACGAGAAUACGCGAGCUGCGAUGGAUUCGGCCCCACCACCUCGACGCAUGCAUUGACCUCACAAACCCAGACGUGGUGGCUGAGCUGGAGAGUGCGCAGGAGGACUUGAUCACGGUGGAUGCAAAGCGCGCCCCGCACGACAAGCUCGAGUGCAUCGUCACCUGCGCCAAGAACGUCUUCACCAUCCUCCAGAAAUCAGCUUCCUCACAGCAGGCUGCCAGUGCUGAUGACUUUGUACCAGCACUCAUCUACACACUGAUCCAGGCCAAUCCACCCAAGCUCUACUCAAACAUCAAGUUUAUCCAGAACUUUGGCAACCCGCGGCGGCACGAGGCCGGAGAGGCCGGGUACUACUUUACGAACCUCUUCAGCGCGGCAGAGUUUGUGCGCCGGCUCAGCGCGUCGCACCUCAAGAUGACGCAGGAGCAGUUUGAGAGCCUCAUGGACGGCGACGCAAGCUCGGUGACGGAGGGUCUGGAGUCGAUCAAACUCAUGCGCGACAGCGUCGAUCGCCUGCGCCGCCUCGAGAACAAGCAGCGGGUAUUGCAGCGAGAUGUGGACUUGCUACUGGACACACUUUCUGAACUAUGUGCUUCAGCUGUGAAGCCGAUUGGCGGGGCGCCAGAUGCAGAGGUGACGGAGUACACGCGCAUGCUCCUGACGCGCGACUCGAGCGAGGGGAAGAGGGCCCGCCGUGCAGUGUCGUCGCCGGCGUCACCGUUUGCUCGCCGAAAGUGGUCGGAGAACACAGAUGCAGACGCCCGCAGCCUUGGCGAUGGUGGCGAUGGUGGUGGUCGCGCUGGUAGUGUGGUGGAAGAGAGCAGCGAGGAGGAAGAGGAGGAAGAAGAGGAGCAGGGGGAGGAAGGAGAACAAGAAGGAGAAAGUGAAGGUGAAGGAAAACAAGAAGAAGAAGAAGAAGAGGUGCAGGGCCGAGGAGAUGAUGUGGCUGUGGGAGAAGCGGAGACAGCAGAGGAAGAGGAACAGGGAGAACAUGACAGCUGUGUUGAUGCACAGGCAACAAGCGACAACGAUGAUGAGCAAGUUGAUGACGUGGAGCGUGUGCAGGCACAGAUCAGUGGUAGUGUCUCAAGUGUGAACAAGCAACGCAACGAGGAGAAGGAGGAGGAAGAACAACAACAAGAAGAAGGAGAAGGAAAGGGAGAAGAACCGGAGGAGGAAGGAGAGGCAGAGGAACGGCAGAAGCAAGCUGUCGGCAGGAAUGACGGCACCGCUGCUGCUGUCGGUGCUGCCAACGCUGCACCUGAGGAGCACCGUCCCAGCAAGACGUCUGGCAGUUGCGAAGAUGACAACGACCUCACCAGUGACCGCGAUGGUGACAGCCGCCCUGCUGCCAGUGAUGGCAGCAGCAAUGACGAUGACGACGAGCAUCAUGACCAAGCGUGAAGCGCUGUGGUGGGGUGCGUGUGCGGCGUGAAGCACUGUGUCUGUCACGAAUACGCCUCAUUCCACACCGCUCUCUGGCCCCCUCACUGUUUGUAGGCUCGAUAUUGUUCUUACUGAUGAAUGCUUUGUCAAGUCCAAUCGCCACGCACGCGUCUAUUGUUUUCAGUUACUCCCACGCCAACGCACGCAGUCCUUGCCAUCAUGCAUCAAGGGCACUGGUGGCCCAUUCAACAAAGUGCGUCAUGUUAGUCGUUGGUUUUGGCUGUCAGGCAAUUAAACACACUCAUGUGCUGCUCAGAUAGAGAGGUGCAGUGAGUGAGAAGAAGAGGGAAGGUGGAAGGCGCAAAACAAGACAUCGAU